AUGGCGACUAAAAUUGUCAUUGUCACACUCACACUUGGCCUUGAGAAUGAGCCGCUCCCCACCACCCCCCUCCACACGGCUGCCGGACUGUACUCGCUUGAAAACCGUCAGAUAUUUCUGCCGCUCCCUCUUGUCUCCGCAUUGUUAUGCAGUUUUCUAGUGGCUGUCACAGUCUCCCAGACUACCGAUGACGUCACCACAGCUACGACAGGUCACGUGACAGUUGGUGGGGGGAGGAGUGGUAUCCGGAGGGGUGGGACGCGUCACAGACACAACUCGCAUCAACUGUACGAAGUUCCUCGCAACGACUUAGGUCGUCGCCCUACAGUAGUGAGAAGAAGAAGACCAGGAGGAAAACAACCCUCAACUCCCAACAACAGGGAUGGCAGAUUCCUGUCUUUGUUCACGGUCGUGGAGUUCGAGAACCGCGCCUGUAUGGCAGCGUCUGGUGACAACGGCACUUGCCUCACAGAGAGUGAGUGUGUUGAGAGGGGAGGAGUAGUCAGUGGUCCUUGCGCUCACAACUUUGGAGUCUGUUGUCUAUUCAUGGCGACCUGUGGCCAAACUACAAGUCAGAACUGUUCCUACUUCGUCAACCCGGGCUACCCUAGUUUCUACGAUGGUUCAGGAUCUUGUCAACUCACCAUACAGAAGGCACAUCCUGACAUCUGUCAGUAUAGGCUUGAAUUUGAUAAUUUCGUGUUGAGUGGUCCAGAGACGCUGAACCAUAUGUGUAACAAUGACCAGUUCCUGGUAUCUGGAGGUAGUCCUGUGCCUACCAUUUGUGGUAUGAAUGCCGGCAACCACAUGUACAUCGAUGCAGGGCUCGGCACAAGUCCUGUGACCUUGACUGUGGUAACCAGUGGUCCUGCGAUGAACAGACAUUGGAAAAUCAAGGUCUGCCAGAUACCUUGCAGCUCUAACUACAAAGCUGAAGACGGAUGCUUGCAGUACUUCACUGGAGUCUCGGGACAGAUAAAGUCCUUCAACUACGAGCCUAUGACGGGUCUUCACCUGUCCAACCAAGACUACAGCAUCUGUGUGAGGAUGGAGCGCAAUUUCUGUGGUAUCCAGUAUACCCAGUGCCCAGAUGAAGUGAACAACAGGACGCACUCUUUCACGUUGACCGGCAACACCCUGGGCCAGAACUCCGUGACGUCCAUGAUCGGAGGUGUCGGUCCCAACUCUUGCAACACUGAUUGGCUGAUCAUCCCUUGCACCAGUAAUGUAGGGAGGAUGAUCACCCCCGCCACCCCGGGCUGCGUGGACAGACUGUGUGGAGGAACUCUCAACAGCGAAGUCAGCAUCAUGCCAGCCACCGUCUACAGCACUGUGAAGCCAUUCAGACUAGUCUUUCACACGAACAACGUCGAGGCACCAAACGACGUGGGCAACAGAGGGUUCUGCCUGGACUACGUACAACAACCCUGCACGAACGCGCCAAACAGUCCCUGA